AUGGGUCUUGAUUUUUCUACUGGGAAUCGUUUGCUCGAUGCGGUCCCAUGCACGGGUAUAGUCGUGAGAGUAAAAGGUGCUGCUCGUGCAAAGCCAUGCAGGCCAAGUGUUCUCAUGAGCUUGGAGCUCGAAGCUGAUCCGCAGGUCGACGUCUGAGCAUCGGACAGGUUGCACUGAAUCCAAUCGAAGCCAUCGACCAGUUGUCGUCGCGGACCCGAGACACAAUGUUUGCAACUUUGCACCAAAUGAGCACUCCGAACCUUUGUCCUCGAAGCGUCUCGCUCGUGUCUCUCCCCAGUCUCACCGUUGUCUUCUGAAGCUCGACUGACCUCCUCCUAUUCCGACGUUGGCCGACCAGAAGCAGCAGCAGCAGCCGUUUAUGGCUUCAUCUCACCAGCCCAAAACCGUAUCAUGGAACACGCCGACUUUAAGUGAGGACGAUCCGAUGCCGAGUACACCGGAUGCUCAUGCUUCUGAGAUACCCUCCACAACCGGGCUCUGUGCUCGGGAAGUCACGGCCAAUGCAAACAGCCAGGCCGCUAAGAACAUUGCAGAAGUCAAGCACACAGUUGACGAGUUGAUGGGUUCGCAGAGGAUGGGGUCGAAGGCCGUAGAUCCUUCAAAGCCCAGAAGAUUCGUAAGCUUGUAACGAUCCAAACAUGGUAUCAUAAUCUUGAAACUAGUUUCUCCUUUGCUCAAGCUUCAUCAUCGUCUCCUGCUCAAGUGUUUAUUCAGGUAGAGGUCAUCUGUGUAAAGACGAAGAUCGGCAAGACAACUUUGCUUCACAGAAGAUAGUGAAUUUUCAACCUAUAGUCCACACACGAUUGCCACGUACAGCACCAAUCAGCUCUUCAAAUUUUCAUCUGUUCUCCUCGAAUUUAUCAUGAAGUCUUCUGGGAAUGAUGCGGAGAGCUUCCUUUCCUGGAGGAACUUGGCCCCGUUACUCUGCUUACCGAGUUACUGUCGAGCACUUGCUUUUCUUCAAGGGUCCUUCUCAGAGCUUUUCAAGCUUUCAAUGCAACAGUUUUUCUUAAAGCCUCCUUUGUAAUGUAUAUGGUUAGUUCGGCAAUUGGACAACGGAAUUGAGCUGUCGGUGAUGCAGUGGGGUUCAUUGUGCUACUGUACCGGUUAUGAGACAAAUGAACUAAUCUGUUCAGCUCGAGAGCAGCUCUUCGUUGCCAUGUACUUCCAAGAAUGUCCGUUGUAAAGUCUAUCAUUGUCAAGCAAAUAAAAUUGUGCAAAUUUUCCA